AUUGCACAAAAAAGAUGCAAUGGCUACUUUUAAACUUCUGAAAGCAAAUUCUUUUAUUUAAAACAUUCAAUAUCAUAACUAUUUCUUUUUAUAGACAUACAUCAUUUUAAACUCAAUUUUUCUUAAAUUAUACUACUUUAUAGUGUGUAAUAAAUAGAUAGAUAGAUAAUAUUAUUGAAAAAGUUUGGUAUAUGUUCCUGCUCCUUUAUGGCAUGCACUUUUAUUUGUUUAAAAUUAUAUACAUUUUUUUAAAAACCAGGUUUAAAAAAUAGUUUAUAUUAAUCUGCAACUGUCUAUAUGAUGUGGGCAUUAAUGUGUGCAUACAUAAUGAAAUAGAGCUACUGACCCUACAACUUGAUGUAACAGAUAUCUGCUGUUAUCUUCUUUUUUAGUUCACUAUUAAGUACAAAUUUAAUAAUAAUAAUAAUUUAAUACUUGAAUGUUUUGCACAGUCAACACAUUUAUUUUUUCAUGUUUCUAUAAUUUAAAGUUGUUUGUCUUGAAUGCCCUUUCCAUAGCUCUCAGCUUUAAGCCAUGACUGAAGAGCUCUAAAGAAGGGCUACAUCAUAUUAACUUAUUUAAAGUCUAUUUUUUCUAUUAUUAAUUGAAAAUGAAUAUUUAUUUUUUUCAUUAUGUAUUUUAAAAUUUUGCGAAAUCUGGUGUCAGAAGUGGUGAAGUACUUCAAAGCUUAAUUUCAUGUACUUUGGGGACUUCCUUACUUAUUCAGCUCUUAUAAGCAGCUGACAUCUGUUGGAAAACAUAAAGAUAUCUUGCUGUACAAGAUAUUUGCUAUCAUGAAAAAAGUUGAAACCCUGCAACUUUAGUUCUGGGGAUAAUUUUUUACUUCUACUGCUUUUAUAUUAGUGUUGUUGUCUUUUUUUAACCUCUGAAGUUGUAUCAACCAUUCAAGAAGUCUGUACAUGUUGCACAUACCAUUAUGAGAAAAUCUGCUGGGAACAAAAAGAAAAACACUUCUUUAAUGUGACUUAACUUGGCCCUGUUGUACAAACAGCUACUGGUACUCCAUUUGAUGUGGUUUCAUCUUCAUAUUAAAAUUUACUUGAUUGCUCAUUUCCUUGGCUAUCCCACAGUGGAUCUCAUUCACCAAUCUUAAACAAACAACAUUUAGCCACGUGAUAAUAUUGAUAAAACAAUGAAAAAAAACUUUCACGGGACAGCCUGUCUGUAUUAUGUAAUUCGCAUAGAAGAGAUAGAGAACCACAUGGCUAAAUGUUGUUUGUUUAUGAUUGGUGAAUGAGGUCAUUAUGUUAAGAAAAAAGAGAGUUGGGAUAGUUGGAUUACAACUGCUUUCUCUUUCCCAAACUCUUUGUAUCAUUGUCACAGUUCUUUAAUGUUCCCUGAAAAUCUUAAGGAUUAGCUUAUCUUAUUUGUCUUGUUUUCCAAACAUCUUUUUAAGACAGUAAUGUCUAUGUAGGAUAGUUUUUGUUUUGUUUUUUUUGCUUAUUUUUGACACUGACAAUUCUGAGUUAGUUCUGUUAUGAAUAUCUUUAACAUCUCAGAAAGACAUAGUGUUUUUCUCACAAUAUUGUCAAUUUUCUAAUUCCUAAAAAAAAAAAGAAGUUUAAUAUUUGUUUGUCUUAUCACUUAAUGUUUUUUUUCUUAUAUUAUUUAUUUAUUUAUUACUUCUUAAAAUUAACUUUGCCAAAAAUGUGUUUUCUUUUUUUUUUCAGACAUAUGUCAGGGUCAUAGAAAAUGUUUCAUAAAGCAUUCAUUGGUGCCUUGGUGUUAAUCAUAUACCAAAUAUGUUUUAGUAAAAUAAUCAAUAUGAAAAUUACAAAAGAAAAUAACUUCAUAACAACAUUUAGCAGUGAUAUCAACUGUAUAUUUACACUAGUUGAAAGUAUGGCAGAAAAUCUGACUUAUUCACCUGGCAAAAUAUCAUUGUUGUCAACUUACAUGGCUCAGAAGCGUCUGCUUAUCAGGGCUCAGAAAACUGUUCAUUUGGCAUCAUUUUAUUGGACGUUAUUAGCUCGUGACACGUCCUAUUUUGACUCAAGUGAUGCUGAGGGUGAAGAUAUUUUCACAACUUUAAUGGGAAUAGCCUCCAAUACUUCUAUAGAGUUGAAAAUAGUACAGAAUAUCACAUCAUAUGACACAGAUAAACUAGCCUCAGCUGGAGCAGACGUAAGAACUUUAAAUAUAAACAAACUUCUGAAUGCUGGAGUCAUGCACACCAAAAUGUGGGUGAUUGAUGGCCAGCAUGUUUAUAUAGGUAGUGCUAACCUAGACUGGCGUUCUUAUACACAGAUAAAAGAAAUUGGUGUUCUCAUUGAAAACUGUCCAGUCCUUGCAAUAGAUGCUGAGAAACUUUUUCAGGUUUACUGGUAUUUGGCAAGUGACUCAAACCCAGGCAUCCCUGCCCAUUGGCCACCAGAAUACAGCACAAAUAUCAACUUGGCAGAUCCAAAACUGCUCAAGUACAACCAAACACAAGCCUAUGUUUACUUAUCGAGCUCCCCAAAGGCUUUCUGUCCUGAUGGCCGUACAAAUGAUAUUGAUGCAUUGGUGAAUGUGAUCAGGAAUGCCAGAGAGUUUAUCUACAUCUCUGUCAUGGACUAUUUGCCUAUAUACAUGUACACCACACCAAGGAGGUUUUGGCCAGUGAUAGAUGAUGAGCUCAGACAAGCUGCUUUCAAUAAGAAGGUUGACCUGCGACUGUUGGCUAGUAGAUGGAACCAUUCUGACCCUGAUAUGUACGCAUUUCUGAAAUCAUUGAAUGAUUUAAGUAAAUUGUAUCGUACAAAAGUCAAUAUUACAGUGAGAUUGUUUAAAGUUCCUGCUUUCACUCCAUCCCAAGCUCAAAUUGAAUAUGCUCGGGUUCAACAUAGCAAAUACAUGGUCACUGACCAACAUGCUUACAUUGGAACUUCCAACUGGUCUGGUGACUACUUCAACAACACUGCAGGUGUUGCAUUCAUUCUACAAGAUGCAGAUGGAAGCAGUAACAGUUUAAGGAAGCAGCUAGUGGAAGUUUUUCUGAGGGACUGGGACUCCAACUAUACACAACCUAUAUAUUAACCAAAAUGUUCUACAGUUUUCUCUUCUUCUCCUUAUCUUAUUUUUUUUUUUUUAGAAUAUAUAUCAUUUCAAUUAGUCCUGAACCUUUAGGGUCUAAAGGAUAGUUGAAGUAGCUCACAUUGUCAGCAGAUGGUUGACAUACAGCAGAUUGACUAACUGCCUUUGCUUUUUUCAACUGGUAAUCCAGUCAAUCAGUGUUGACUCUGCAAUCCCUUUUGGUCUGCAUGAAAACAUCUAGAAGAACUCAGGACCUAUGAAUGAUAUAUGGUGUUCUAACCAUGUAGCCACCAAGUCUCAAGGACUGAUUUUAGUGUAAUUAAUAAAAAAAAAAUGGGGGCAAGUAAAUUACAAAAUCAAGACUGGAAUUUCUCACACUAAUACUGUAGAGCGUCAAUGUUUGUCAUUAAUCUGUUCCAUAUCAAAAUGAACCAACUAUUAAAAUUAAGUUCAAUCAGUUCCCAGCCCUGAAUUUUUUUUUUUUUUUGGCUAUUUUAUUUCUCUUCUCAAAAAUUUAUUUUAAAGAGAUGAUUUUUUUCAAAGCAUAAUUUCUAUUAUACAUUAACUAACUACUUGUACAAUUAUUGGUAGGAUUAUAGAGCAAUAAAAAAAUUAGUUUAAGGUCUAUCACAGGUAAUGUCUCUUAUGGAGACUGAGGUCCCAAUUAUUCACAAGCAUUAAUUUCUGGCAUUGAUUACUAAGACGUUAACCUUUUCUUGUUUUGUUUCUUAAUUCUUCAGACACAUUAAAUGGAUUGAUAACUGAUAUGAGAUAGAAAGAAAGAAGAUUUGAAUUUAAAAUACAUAGCAAUCCAAAAUUUUAUGGAACAGAAUGGUUGAUUUAUAUAUAUAUUAACCAUAUUGAGACUCUAUUUAGGGUUCAGCCACUGAAACCAUUCAUGAAUAAUUAUUGGCUCUUUAUGAAUUCUCAUAUUGCAGGAAAAUACAAAAAAAUAUUUCAAAUUAGUUUUUAUUCCUUAAAAAAAAAUUCAACAAUCAAUAAUGCAACUUAUAGUGUCUUAAAAUUAUCAUAUACAAAGCAACAUUUCCCAGUCACUUCAUCUCCGGUCAUUUCAUCUUUGGUCACUUCAUUCCCAGUCACUUCAUUCCCAGUCACUUCAUCCCCUGGUCUUUUCAUCCCCUGGUCAUUUCAUACUCAACAUAAGUUUAAAAAGUAUGAUAUUAACAAUACUUUUUUUUUAUUUAUUUACAUCUAUAGACAUAGAGCUAAUGUAAAAAUUAAUUUUGCGUCUUAAUCUAAAUCAAUAUGAUAGACAGUACACAAGUACAGAAGACGAUCCAUUGAUUCUUAUUGCUUUACAUGGUUUGUAAUUUCUUACCCAGUGUCGCAUAUUUCUUGCUUUUGGAAUAUUCUUCAGUGCCACAAUUAAUAAUGUUUAUGUUACCGGUAUAACAGGGGAUUUAAACAAAGCAUUUAGGGGUAAUAUAAAUCCGCUCCAGAGAAUGGUUGAAGUCAGCGUUUAAUGGGGAAAAAAAUGACGCGCUCAUGAUUAAUUAAAGAUAAAUUGAAGAAUGGUCAUCAGGAGAUAAGUUAUCAGUGACAAGAUCAUAAGUAUUCUAAUUGUUCUCAUCUCUCAAAAGAUUUCCACUACUUCCACCACACAUUGGCCUUUGAUCAUUACAUUAUGCGAGAGAUGAUACUGACAUCGCCUAAAUCAAAUAGAAACAAUCCAAAUACAAACCCAUCUUUACAAUAUAUCUACUUUUACAUAUAUUAUUUCAUUUCUCAACAAGUAUGAAGAGAGGAGAGAAACACUAUAAAAACUCAAAAAUAUCAAAAAGCAUUCUAAAUAAUAAUCUCUAUAUAUAAUUCUCUUCAUGGCUCAAGAGUUUGAACACCAAGUAAUGGAAAGAUCACUCUUUUAUUUCUGCAAGUAGGACGGACUAGAGUUACCCCACGUAAUUUUAGAGGCAAAAAAAAAAGGGGGGGGGGAGAACAAGUAGUAUUCAUCUGUCACUAAAUAGCAGAGCUGUACUUAACCAUUGUGACCAAGAAAUCAUAGAAAGAGAACAAGUGAUCUAUUCUGUAUUCACCCAUCACUAAAUAGCAGGGCCGGACUAAACCAUUGUGGGGCCCAAUGCGAAACGGAUUUUGCAGGGCCCAGUUUGGGUAGGGAUACAGAUAAAAAGUGAAAAUUAAGAGUUUGUAUUAGAAAAUAUAUUCGUCUUUGCAUUUUAUUCAUUCUUUACUACGCACAGAAUUACUACACGAGCCUUGUGUGUAGCGAAGUCAUACAGUAUAUCAUUAGAAUUCUGUUUCAUACAUAGAUCACGCUCAAUAGCAAGAAUUACCAAAUGUUUCAAUCUAUCUUCGAGAAUAGUUGAUUGGCGUAGGAUUGGCGUUUUCCAUAUUGAAUGUCACCCAAAAAUGACAAUUUUUGUCUAUAUAUUUCUGGAGAUUUGUAUGAGUUUUCAAAAGAUUUUAAUAAUUUUUGGAGAUUUCCAGGACUUUUUCGUAUAUUUUGCAAUUUCAGGAAAUUUCCAGGAGCUCCUGGUAAAUCAGGAGGCCGCGGAAAAUCUGUUAUGUUAUAAAAUGGUUUAAUUUAAUAAUUUAUUCCUAGAAUUAGCGCGGGUCCUAUGAAAGUGCGGGCCCACUGCGGUCACAUAGUUUGCAGUGGCCUAGGGCCGGCCCUGCAAAAUAGUGGCAUAUGCUACAAGUAUUUAUAUACCGGUAUUAGAUAUAAAUAAAGAGGGCUUAAUGGCAAAGUCUUAACAGCACAACUACACAAUGACUAAGAAAACAAAUAUUUAAUUGGGGAUGCAAUGACCUGUCACCAAAGCAACACAUUGUCACGCUAUAUAAAUCAUUGUGAAUAUCACACAGAGAAUUCUAUUUCAAAGAUCUGUUGAUCUCAUUACUAUUGCCUUUUCUGACUAACAAAACCAGUAUUUUGCUUUUGUCAAAUCAUUGUAUAUGUCCUCCAUAUUUUAUUCUUCGUUUUUGAAGAUGAUCACUUCCCCUUAACAUUAAUAAAUAGGACAGCCUAUUUCAAGAGUUCAGUUAUAUACCGCAUUUAAACUUUUGUUUUAAUCAUGCUUAUGUAAUUUGACAUUGCCAUAUCAUGCAAUUAUAAAAUUUAAAAAAAGGUCAUAACACUGAGAUUUUUUUAUUUUCUUUUUUAUAAAAUCAAAGUAAAAUGAAGAUAUGUUUCCUUAUUAAGAAAAAAAUAUUUUUUGACUGAUUUUUUAAAUAUUUAAUUUUUUUGUUUGUCUGUGCUGAUAUUUAAUCAGAGGUUAGGGUUAUCGUUUGUGCUUUAAAUGUUCAAUACCACAACCAUUCCCUAUGUAUUCUCUUUUACUUGGGUAAUAUUAUCGCAUUAUUGAAAAAAACAUACGGUAAUUUUAUUUUUUUCUAUUUUAAAAAUUUUUUUUUAAAACUUCCUCUUUAGUAUAUAACAGAGUGUUAUUAGUUAAUGUCUAAAAAUGAAAUAAAUCUGUUCUAAAUUUG